UUCUACGAAAGUUCGAAGCUUGUGCUUGUCGUGUCUUUCGACAGUUCGGUAAUUUUACAAUGUUCUUUAGCACUACUAAUAAUCCGCAUCAUUAUAUAAAUUAAGUUAGAUUCGGAGAAAUGUCUAAUUCACUCGUGCACAAAAGCUUAGAAUUAUUGGGUUACGAGGAAGAUUUGCAGAGAGAGCAAAAGAAGAAGAAAAAACGUAAGAAUAUUAGAUAUAAAGGAGCCUUGGAUCUAAUUCCUACUAAACAUAGGAUAAUCUCUAAAGACGAAGAAACAGAUCUUGAUACUAUUUUGGAUCGAUCUAACAGAACUACCGUUUAUGAGACUCAGAAACGCUUAGCUGUUCAAAAAGAUCCUACUGAUGAUAAUGUACAAAGACUCCUUUUACUUAGCAGUAAUCGGGUAGAUGCUAAAACAGCAAAUAAUUUACUGUACCGUGCUGUAGGAAAGAGAUACAUUCAACAAGAGAAACUCAAAACAGAAGAAACAGCUUUCACAGAAGAAGACUUCAAGAAAUUUGAUCAAGAAUAUGUGGAAUAAUAUUGAUAACGACAUUGAAUCAUAAGGAACAGCACAUUGUGUAGACUAACAAAAUUAAGAUAGAAAUGCUUAACAAUGUUUGAUAGUGAUCGUCAAAGAGGAAAAGCGAUAUUAAUAUUAACGUUUGUCUUGUUUCUCUAUUAUACUGUGUGGGUAAUCGGUCUACCAUUCAUCGACGAUGAUAGAAUAAGAUCGCUUUUUUACUCGUAUGAUCUGGCUUUAAUAAUUCCCGCGAGUCUCGGGCUAAUUUUUAUCGGUGGUUUGAUACUCUUUACUUUGUACCAUGUGAGAUCACACUUGUUUCAUAAAAUAGAAAAUGGAGUAGUAAAUUAAGUUAUCAGGCAUGCAGUGAUAGUGGCUACGUUAUCAUUGUAACAUUUCAUAAUCAUAUGUUGCGUUAUAUGACUCAUAUA